GUAGAUAUGCAGAGUCAUAGAAUCAGAUUAAGAACCUACCAAAAAUGUGUCGUUGGUAAGGAAUUGGUAGAUUGGUUAUUGGACAAUGAUAAAGCAGCCAAGAGAGAACAAGGUAUAGCUAUUGGUCAGGCUUUACUACAUGCUGAUUAUCUUGAAGCGUUGAGUACACAGUACAAUAUCUUUAAAGAUGACUUUACUCUAUAUAAACCAGGAGAGUUAUCAACAUUGAUAGAGAUGGAAUAUGAGGCAGAAGAUAUCAACAGUUCAAUUCUAGAGACAAACAGUACUGAACCAUCAUGGUUAAAAGAAAUAGAAUUUUAUGGUGGAGAUAUUGAUGAUUGUAAAGAUUCCAAUGAAGAGCCUGUUCCACGACAAGACUCCUCUAGUGCUGGUUUAACAGAGGAAUUUUUAAAAGGAACCUUGUUGACGGAAUCUGUGACUGCAUCUUCUGAUGUCAUUUCCUGUCCACAUGGGUGGAGAAUUGUUGAUGAAUUAAGAGAAGAAAAUGGAGAAAAGUUAGCCUAUGAUAGAUUGAGAACAUGUCAUACAGAACAUUGGAAUGGUCUAGCCAAACAGUUAUUGAGUCAACGUGGAUUGUCAUUCAGUUGGGAACCAAUAAUAUUGACGUAUGCUACAAAAGUCAGCCAUUUUGUUCGUCCUGACAUUAUAAAUGAAGGAGAUAAUCCAGAUAUACGUCAAUAUCUACAUGUUAAAAAGAUACCAGGUGGUCAUAAGAAUGAGACUUGUUUAUUCCAUGGUUUAGUAUUUUCUAAGAAUAUAGCUCAUAAGAAAAUGAAGAAUCGAAUUUUAAAUCCUCAGAUUAUGUUGUUAAAGGGUAGUAUUGAAUACCAACGUGUAGAAAACAAAUUUUCUUCUUUAGAACCACAAAUAUUACAGGAGAGAGAAUUUUUACGGAACAGUGUAUCAAAAAUUAUCAAGUUUUAUCCUAAUGUGUUAGUAGUAGAGAAGACUGUGUCCCGAUUAGCCCAAGAUUUCUUGUUAGAUGCAGGAAUAACACUGAUAUUUAAUGUUAAACCAAGAGUAAUGGAAAGACUAGCCAGGUUUACCCAAGCUGAUAUUGUACCCUCUAUUGAUAGUUUAGUUGGCUUACCUCAACUUGGUGUGUGUCACAAUUUUAGAUCUCAGGCUUAUACUCUACCCUCAGGUGAAAGUAAGACAGUGAUAGUAUUUGAUGGAUGUGCUACACAUCUUGGUUGUACGGUACUUCUGCGAGGUUCAUUAAUUACUGAACUACAGAAGGUGAAAGAGAUAGUACAGUUCAUGAGUUAUUGUUCCUAUAAUUCACUAUUAGAGAUUUCAUAUUGUAUGGAUGAAUUCGCUCUCCUACCAGAAGAUAAGGACAUUGAUAUUGAACAUGAAUACAAAUAUCCAAAUCAGCUUACCGUUCCAAAACAUAGUGAAUCAGACAGCUCCUCAGAAACAAUCAAUAUUGAAAAUACAACAACUUCAGCAGUAUCUGUAACUGUUGACAGUGAGUCUAGCCCAGUGAAAAAAACUAUGCAAAUUUCAUUGAAAUCUGUUGGUACUGAGGAACCAUCCAAAAUUGAUAAUUCCAAGGAAAAUAAGCCUCCUGUAAAGACUGAGCCAGAUAAAUCAAAAACUGAAAUUAAAAGACAGUCUUCUGCAGCACUUGUUGAGCUAACAGAUGAAAGUGACCCUUUGAAGCGUUAUCAAAAGAGCCAAGACGACUCAAUUUUUCUAAGUCGUCUGUCAUUAAAAGAACAAAAACACUCCAGUCACAGCAAGCUUAAAAAAAUUUUACAUGAUACAAUUCUGUCAGUUUCACCAUAUCAUAAGUAUGAGGUGCCAUAUUUGGAAUCAGAUGUUGGAAUGAAAUGUCUCUCGAGAAAGUUUCUUCCUGAAGAAAUUUAUUGGUCCAAUUUGUUUGAGGAAAAUCCAAGCAGACGCACAAGGUCAAAAGGUCAUGAAGGAGAGAUGAAUGGUGUUAUUUCUAAUAAUAAAAGAAAUCUUCAAAUGGCAGAUCCACAUCCAUUUAUCACUUGUAAAAUGACUGCACCUUUAACAGAGCAAAGCACUCAAGCCAUGUUAGCUGAUUUCCGAGCGCGAGGUGGUAGGGUCAAGGUCACAAAAAAUUCAGACCUCUGGGCCCACCAUACUACUACUAAGAAAGAUUCUGAUCAAGCAAAAAACUCAACAUCAACGACUGAUAAGAUUGAUUGUUUAGACCCAGUUAAUCAUCAGAAAAUAUCAGUUUUAUUCAGUAAUUUCUCUCCCAAAUCUUUUAAUUUUCCUAAUCAUUGUGUAUUGCCUUGGAUUGUAACAAUGGAAUUUUAUGGUAAUAAUGAUAUUUCACUGGGAGCUUUCUUACAGAGAUUCUGUUUUAGAGAGUCGUAUAUGUGCCCAUCAUCUACCUGUGAAACGUCUAUAUUAGAUCAUGUACGAAGAUUUAGUCAUGGUAAAGGUUGCAUUAAUAUCAUAUUAAAAAGAUUAGAAACAGAAAUACCUGGUGGACAAAGUAACAUCUUAAUGUGGAGCUGGUGUAGAAAGUGUAAACAGGUGACACCUGUUGUACCUAUCAGUGCAGACACUUGGAGUUUAUCAUUUGCCAAAUUUCUGGAAUUGCGUUUCUAUGGCAACCAGUUCAUGCGCCGGGCUAGUGCUGAAGAAUGUCCUCAUUCCUUACAUUAUGAACAUAAUCAGUAUUUUGGACAUCAAGAUAUCCUUGUAUCAUUUAAGUAA